AUGGCUGCCAAACUCUUUCGCCAUGCAAAACUUGACGUUAAUGCCCUCUGCCAACUAGCAAGCUCCUUGCGCCAUGGAAGACCCUGCUCUUGCGAUCCUGACCAAGCACCACAGGGAGGCAGCUUGUACUGGGUGGUUUUUGUGGUGUUUGAUGAUGCAGUGGAAUGGGUAUUUCGAUCUCCACGACCCGAUGGCGUUGUUCAGGCAGAUGAGACCAUUUCCAAACUGUUAGCCAGCGAAGCUGCGACCCUGAGAUAUAUUAGGUCUCAUUCUGCGAUUCCAGUUCCGGAGGUUUACGCUUAUAGUCCGUCGAAGAAUAAUGAUAUAGGAGUUCCCUAUAUUCUCAUGAGCAAAGCAGCCGGUUUUCUGCUCAGAAAGAAGUGGGAAAACCCAGGAUUACAGCAAACAGCUCUGUCAACGGAAGAGAAAUCCAAGAUUCUAUCACAACUCGGAACUAUAACCUGGCAACUCUCUCAGCUGCGAUUUGAAGAAAUUGGCUCACUAUUUGAGGAUAAUGGGCAUAUACAGAUCAAGAGUUGUUUGUCUCGAGGACUAGUAGAAUCUGAGCGAGAUACUUUGGAUGACCUGCCCCGAGGGCCGUUCUCAUCCGAGAUGCUAUACUUUGAUGCUCUGGUGUCAGGUUUUUUACAGCAUGUUGAGUGUCUCCAGCUUUUCCAUCACUGCUUCCUUGCACCUAUUCCCACUCGCAAAAACUAUGAUGACCACGAAGAAUUCCGCAAGGCAUGUGAUCAUUGGAACAAUUUUGUCAUUUUGGGCUCUAAAAUUGAUGGAUCUGACAAUCGGGUGGACUACACAAUAGUUGGAGACUUCCUGCGAGAAAUGGUCUCCAAGGAAACUUUGUGGCCAUCCCGGAACAUCAAUGCAAAGGGUUUUCCAUUACACCACCCUGAUCUAAGUGUGAACAAUAUCUUUAUCAACGACAACUGUGACAUUACUUGCAUCAUUGACUGGGCAUUCUGCUCAUCAGUUCCUGCUUCAAUCCUCUUCAUGGCACCUGGUCUUCCUAUGUCUCGAGAUGAACUGGAUGCGCCUUUAGUUGCAGCGUUUGAAGAAGGAUUGAAUGAAGCCAUGCAGGCAGAUCACGGAGAAGACUCGAUGCAAAUCUACCACCAUACACCAGCAAUGUUCCCUGCGAAACGCAUCAUUUGGUCGUUUUCCCGAUUAAUCAGUUUUGAUUCAAUUGGAGACUACUAUUUAUUUGAUAAUAUAUGGCAACUAAGCGAUCAAAACAACGUGGAUUUCUUGACCUUUUUUCGGUUGAAGGAAUCAUCUGAUCAUUAUUUACAGCUGCACAAGGAAAUGAGACAAUAUGAUGAGCCUCCUGAUGUCACGAAGAAACAGGAGAUAGAAUUGUCUCAAAGAGACAUGCUUGGUUUAACUGUGUCAAGGAAACUGUCGCUGGUCUCUGAGUGGACAUCACGAUACCGCAAGGAUGACACCCAAGGAAUACGGCGGAAUGGAGGUCAUUUCGUUGCUGAUGAUAAGCUGUGGAGAUGGAUUUUGAAUUCGUUGGAGCAGGCGGGCCUCAGUUAA